AGCCUCCGACGGCCUUGUUCGAGCUGUUGUCCGGCUACGUACAUGUAAGUCAACACAUGCGCCUGCGAUUCCUGCGAUAGGCGCCUGGCUGUCCGAUGACAGAGUCUCUGCAGAAUGUCUAUAAAGACAGAUGCCUCCAUGUCCUUCCACCCUUCUUGGAAGCACAGGGUUACUUCAGUUCACAGCCAUACAAACCUGAAAAGCGCAGCGAAGCAUUCACAAUGUCAAGUAUCAUUGUCCAACCCAUCAACGCCUCCGACCUGGGUCUAGGAGCAUUAGUCCAAAAUAUCGACCCAGCACACAUGUCCGAGGAAGACUUUACCGUCCUCCGCAACGCCCUCUACACGCACAACGUUAUCUGUGUCAAAUCACAAGGCAAACUCACCCCAAAAGACCAAGCCGAAUUGACCCGCCGCUUCGACCCGGCAGCCUUGUCAUACGGACAUGGCAAGACGAUUGAUGCCAAACGCUCCGUCCUCCAUCCGGACCUCAAAACCAUCCCUCACCAGCCCGAGGUCCAGGUCAUCGGCAACGGUUUCUUACCUGAGUACGAGGGCCUGAAGAACAUUACACUGCGACAUCCCCACCAUCGAACCUUCCACAAGACGGUGAUCCCGGACGCACAGGAUUUAGAUUACACCCGCUUCUAUCGAUGGCACAUUGACGCCGCACUUUACGGCGAGCUCAACCCGCCGCUCGUCACGUCUCUGUUGGCUGUCAAGGUGCCCGGCGGGAGGAGACAGACGGUCCUGUAUGACGACGGGACCGACGACGUCCUCGACGUCCCCCUUGGCACCACCGCAUUCGUGUCCGGGUACAAGAUGUUCGACAACCUUACUCUUAAGCAAAAGGACUUUGCCCUGACGUCCAAAGUCGAGUACGCACCUCAUCCGUACGUCUGGAUCUCGACCACCAAGUCCCGUCCGGACGGUUUGGGCAUGGUGUCGGAAGGGAAGGAGGUUCGAAUCAACGAGCUGCCUCCCAUAGAGAAUGAGAACGAUAUUCAGAUCCUUCCGAUGGUGUGGAAGAACCCCGUAACGGGCCGGUUCGCUCUGCAGAUCCACCCUUCCGUGGUCCGCAAGAUCCAUUUGGAAGACGGCACCGUGAUCGACGACCUAGCAAAGGUUCGCGAGAUAGUGCACGACAUGCAACGGCCCGCGAUCGCUCCCAAAUACGUCUACGCGCAUGACUGGGAAGAGGGCGACCUGGUCUUGUUCAACAACCAUGGAGUCUUGCACACUGUUGUCGGGGCCUUUGCGGAGAACGAGGUCCGAGUGUUCCGCCAGUGUAACUUGGCCGCGAGUAGCCCUCCUCUAGGACCCAUCGCAUCGUCAUCGUAAUGGAAGGCUUCGGGUGAACGAUGAAGGAGAACCAAUAUAUAGAGAGAGAGACGGUCAUAACGUG